AUGUUCUCCUCGUUGAUGCGUCCCCAGCAAUCUCCCAGACGUGCGCUACGCGAUCAACUAUACGGCAGCCCUAGGAGGCAUGCUACGGCCGAUUUCACAACCGAAGCCGACAAAGACGACGAUGAUGAUGACGACGACGAUGACGAGGAGGCCAACCGCCACUUUAGACGACCCUUUACCAGGUUUCGCGGGAGGGCCCAAGACCGCGACAACGACAAUGACAACGACAACAACGACGACGAUGAUGGUGACAAUGAGGACGAUGACCAGGGCCGUGGUCACCAAGAGCAGCACGACCGACGAAGCAAACUGCCCAUUCUACCACUCUUCUCUACAUCCCACCUAGACUCCAUCCCCAUAUACCGCGUCACCCACGCCAUCCGAAUUAUCGUCUGCGCACGCACCGAGACGACUCUGACAUGGGAGCAGCUCCGGUCCCCCCAGAUCUCCCAGUUCCUAGUGAAGCCCAUGCAGCGUCAGAUCCGCACCCAGCACUUCUCACGUGGCACCUUGUACGCCCUUCUGGCCAAUUGCCUGCAGUUCUCCAAGGAGGGGCAACGAUACGCCGCCAAUGCGGGCAUCAGCAACACGCGCGCCAAGGUCUGCGAACUGCUCGCCCUCAAGAUGCUCAAGGAGUACUCCCUGCGCGAGCUGAUAGACGCUCUGGCCUACGACUUCUACCCGCUCGAGGGCCUCCCGGGCGUCACGGCUGCCACGGUCACAGCAGCGGCGGCCACCGCGGGCGCGGGCAACUCGUCGCUCACCAACAACACGAGCAACGGCGGCGCCGGCGCCGGCGGCACCGGCCGCACUUCCAAAGCUGCCGCCGCCGCCGCCCUCUCGGGAUCCCGCACUUCGACUCUCGAGGUGGCCAUCCGCGCUUCGGCAAAGCACUUCCUCGCCCACCCCGUCGUCGUCCAGCAGUUGGAGGCCAUCUGGAACGGCGCCAUUACAUUCUACUCGGCCGCCGACAGCCUGCACCGUAAACCGGCCAGGAACGAAUCCGGUACCAGUGGGAACCCCGGCGGCGGCAGCAGCAGCGGCUCCAUCAAGCCUGAUGCACGCACGCCUCUUCUCGGCGGGGCCUCGGCGAGAAAGGGCUCGUCCGCCUCGGCACUGGCCGACGUGCCCGCGGGGAGGCGCACCGUGAUGCUCUACGACCCCAAGCAGGCGUCCAUGUUCAAGCUGUCACGCCUGCGCGUGCCGCGGUACAGGUCGUUCCUGUCGACGCUGUCGCUGGCCAUACUCAUCGGCCUGUUCCUGGCUGUGCUGACCAGGCGGUCCACACAGAUCACCGGACUAGAGCUGACCUUUUGGUUCUGGAGCGCGGGCUUCAUGCUCGACGAGCUGGUCGGCUUCAACGAGCAGGGCUUCGCGCUGUACAUCAUGAGCGUGUGGAACCUGUUCGACCUGGGCAUCCUCGUGCUACUCAUCGCAUACUACUGCAUGCGCGUCUACGGCGUCUUCAUGGUCGACCCGCACCAUUGGAACGACAUGGCCUACGACGUCUUGGCCGCCAACGCCAUCCUCCUCCUGCCACGCAUCUUUAGCAUCCUCGACCACUACCAGUACUUUUCGCAGCUGCUCAUCGCCUUCCGCCUCAUGGUCGUCGACCUCGUCGCCGUCUUCACCCUCGUGCUCAUCAUGUGCAGCGGCUUCUACGUCUUCUUCACCUAUUCUAACAGCAACACCACGGGUGGAGCGGACAUUGCCUACCAGAUCUUUCAGCUGCUCAUGGGCUUUACGCCCGCGGCAUGGGAUGCGUGGCCAGCAUACAAUUGGCUGGGCAGGGCUCUCCUGGUCCUAUUCCUCUUCAUCUGUCACUUCCUGAUCGUUACCAUUCUCAUUACCGUCCUGACAAACUCAUUCAUGGCCAUCGCACUGAACGCGAACGAGGAGCAUCAAUUCCUAUUUGCCAUCAACACGAUUUCCAUGGUCAAGAAUGACGCACUCUUCUCCUACAUUGCCCCGAGCAACAUCUUCGCCUGGCUGCUCAUGCCACUACGGUACUUUAUGCCCCUCAGCCAGUUUGUGCUUCUCAACCGCACCAUUAUCAAAAUCACGCAUUUCCCGGUGCUCUUCGGCAUCUACGCCUAUGAGAGGUUGUGGUUGGCCCCGAGCAUGUUCGAGCCGACGGAUCUAGUCGACAACCCGGGCCACGGCUGGGAGCGGACGUUGCGCUUCACCGACCCUACCCACCGCAGUGUCAUGUUCAGUCCCAACAUCCGUGGGGGCGAGGAGUCCGUCGCCGGCUUCCACAAGGACCGCGCCCUAGAAGAGGUGUUCAGGCGCAUGCCGGGACCUGCCACGUUCCAAACGCAGAGACGCAACGAGAGGCACAAUGCGCAGACGGCCAUCCGCAACUGGAUGGACCAGCACGAGUCGGACGCGGGUUCGGGCGCCAACUGGCCAACCCUGGACAGUCGCACCCCCGGCUGGCCGCGCAGGCUCAGCGUGGCAUGGGACCGGCCGUCCAACCUGCGGCACGUGUCGGAUGUGCGGUCGGCAGCCAGCGAUCCCGCAGACCUCAUGUCCAACGUCGGCGGGCUUUCGUCUCCUAAGAAGAGGUCAAUGGUGCUCAAGGGUCUCGAGGAGGACAUUGCGCCAGACCAGACAGAUGCCGAUGGAGACGACGAGCUCGUUACCAACGACGAAGAGGAGGACGAGGACGAUAAUGCCACAAACGCGGGCAGAGGUAGACCGGCGGCAGCUGCAGAGCUCCACGAGGAAGACGACGAGGAGAGUGAUGAUGAAGAAGAUGAAGACUACUUCACGACACCUAUGACGACACGAGUAGGCAAGCACUCGUCCUCGCCCAGCGACGCAAGCCGGGCGAUGCCGACGACACCGCGGCCCAUGCCUGUCAAGCGACAGGGCAUGCACUACCGCACCCUGUCGACCAACACGAUCCUUUACAACCCCAAGAACAUGAGCCAGAGCAGCAAGCGCAGUAGCCGCCCGAGUUCGUCGCCCCCGUCGCCCGGCAAGGCCGUCGCCCCCCCGCCACCCAAUGGUGGCAGCCGUCCCAGCGGCCGCGGCUCAGGCGAGAAGACUCCCGGACGGCGCAGCUCACCCCGUCGUCCCGGCGACAAGACUCCCGGACGGCGCACGUCGCCCCGACGCCCUGGCGACAAAACCCCCGGACGGCGCGCCUCGCCCCGCCGCACGGGAGACAACGUCGCCGCAGCAGCAGCGGGCGCACGCCUCACAGGCGCCGUUUCCGUCGGCCCACGAGCGAUCCCCGAGGUCGGCGGCGGCGGCGUGUCCCGCACCGCCCUACGAAGCAUCGAGUCGCUGAAGCGGCCCAAGAGCGCCAGGCGCUCCGCCUCGUCGGUAGACCUUGGCAUGCUGUCAGACAACACGAGCCUGCGCCUGGGCGGCGCGCACGACGACCACAACGGUCCCCUUGCCGGCAGCUUCCAGACGCAGAUGGCCAUGGCCAUGAUGAAGGACAAUCAUAGGCGCGGGGCGGGCAGGGUGGACGCGGCCGACCGCGACAGGAUGGGCAGGCUCGUCCUGGCGCGCAUGAAGACUCUCGAGGAGAGCUUCGGCGACAUGAUGCGCGAGAUGCGCGAGAUGAAGGAGCGCUCCUCGCGGCCGACGUCGCGCUGGAACUCAUCCGACGACCAUCCCGGCGCCGGCGGUGGAAGCGGGUCCGCACUACCGCCGCCGAAGCUGCAGCCGCCGCCGCCGCCGCCACGAAAGGCCAAGGCCAAUGCCGGUGAGUCGACGCCACGUAAGAUCCCGGCCGGGCCAGAGACAAAGCGGCCGGCGAGCAGUCGGAAGAGUAUCAGAGAGACCAAGGAUAUCAAGGGCAAAGCCAAGGCUACAUCGACGUCGUCGCAAUGGACGGAUGACGAUAGUGAAUCAAACAAGGAAAGUGUGACCAAAGGCAGUGAAUAG